AUCGUAGAUUCUACUAGUGCUCGUUAUUCUAAGGUUCAGGCAGGUAGCCAAAACGGCUGCACAACGCCCCUAGUUCUCUCGUGUAGUUCAUCGACGAAGUUGAAAGCGAAUUAAGUGGUGCCGUAGUGUUUAGAAGAGACAAGUAGUGACCGUGUUUUCGUUACACCAAGUAAAUCAGAACAGCCAAGAAAGAUGGAGCAAGGUUUUCCAGGACAGCAUACGACAACCACUACGGUCACGGCGAGCACUACUACAGUGCAGCCGAAUAUUAGGUUCGAUCCUUCCUACGUGAGGACGAUUCCAGGGAUGCUGAAAGUGGCUCAAGUGGUUCUCAAUCUUCUUGGCUUCAUCUGCAUAACAGUCUCGCAAUUCAGCCGUGAGAGUCGCAGUGGCUGGUUUAAUACUGUCGCCAUGGGCGGAUUUUGGUUCACGGGCAUUUUGUUGGCCCUAUAUCUUUUCCACGUCGUUGAGAAAUUCUUCAAGAUUCCAUGGUUGAAAAUUGAAUUCAUAUUCUGCACAAUAUGGACAAUUUUCUACCUUAUCGCAGCAGCCCUUGUAGCAGAUUACGCUAAACAUUCCGAAGCCUUCGGCGUGGCCGCCUUUUUCGGAUUUUGCGCUAUGGUGGCGUACGGUUAUGACGCAUGGCUCAAGUUUAAUGCAGCGAAGAGUGGCGCCCUCGCUCAGGGCGAGCGGCAAGUAUCGAAGCAGGUGUCUACAGUGACCAGCCCUGCGUAUUAAAUGACUAAUCGGCAAUGAUAAAAUGUUCGUUAAGAACGUCAAGCUUAAAGCCGAAUAUAUCCCUGAAAUUUGUAUAUCG